CUAAACAAACACCAGGCUCUGCUGGUUUUGGUUGCUGGCGCUGGCAGCCAACAAGCACGGUGGCAGGUCGCAGGCAAGCUAGCAGGAGCGGUGGCGAACGAGCCAGCGGGUGCGACGGCGACCGUGCGGCGUGGAGGCCGUGCGGUGGAGCGACUGGAUUUGGGUGGGUGUGCGCCAGAGCGGCGACGACGCGGGGAUGAGCCAGGAGACGGCGAGCGGGCGCAGGGCGACGCCGGCAGGGGCGGACGCCGUCCUUCCAGAUCUGGUCGGUCGGUCGAUUGCUAUUGCUCCGAUGCCACGCGCGAUGGCCUUCAAAGUUGCUUCCUUUCUCCUACUCUUGCUAUUCGUCACCUGCGGAGCUGCUCAACACAAUGAUUUUGUUGUCCUUGAUCUAGAAACAACUGAGGCUGGGGAUGCUAGCCCACUGUACAAUGAGCGGAUUCCUAUGAUCAAGAUACCUGUAAAUCUUCUGAGGCAAAGCCCACUAUGUUCGGCUUGUGAAAACAUGACAAGUGAAGCUAUCAACUUUCUUAGUGAGAAACAAAUACAAGAUAAGAUAAUGGCAAUCCUUCAUGACACUUGCUCUCAGACUUUCUCCUUUGAGCAGAAGUCUCUUGAGAUUCUGGACUCCUAUGCAACUAUUCUCUUUACAAAAAUUGCUGAGAUCAAGCCAGAUGAGUUCUGCAAACAGUAUGGUCUCUGCAGGAACAUGGCUCUUUUAUCCGCUGUGAAAAGUGAAAGCACGUGUGUAUUCUGCCAUCACAUCGUCGAUGAAAUUGUGUCUAAACUGAAAGACCCUGACGCAGAGUUUGAGAUAAUUCAACUACUACUCAAGGAAUGCAACAAGAUUGAAGGUCAUCAGCAGCAGUGCAAGAGGAUGGUUCUGCAGUACGUCCCACUGGUUCUAGUGAACGGUGAGAAGUUCCUGGAGACGAACGAUGUGUGCGCAAUGAUCCAAGCCUGCGAUGCAGGCAAAAGGAGGGCAUUCAACUUGUUCUCUGCACGGAAGUUGGUGCGUGACGCAUGAAGUGUUAGCAGGAAGGUUACACGAAUGAAGUUGGUAGGCUUGGAAAAGACAAUGAAGUGUUUGCAGCUUGUACAUAUAUAUGAAUUAAUAGGCGCCACCACUCUGUGAAGAGGAUAACCCAACGAUAAUUCAUAACUGUGUGCCUUGUACUGCUAUCUGGAAGUUAAUUGCUACUGAAGUACUGAUUGAUCAA